AUGCUUGCCAUUCGCCCAUCAGUCUGUAGGGCGUGCCGAAAGGCCCAGAUCCGCCCGGCGAGAGCGUUCGCAACCGCCAGCGGUCCCAUCCAGCAGCCGCCCCGCGACAACUAUGUGAAGCUCGUCGAGGUCGGUCCUCGCGAUGGCCUCCAGAACGAGAAGAAGACGAUACCCCUUGCGACCAAGAUCGAGCUGAUUGAGAGGCUCGCCAAGACUGGUGUGUCUACAAUUGAAGGCGGCUCCUUUGUCUCGCCGAAAUGGGUUCCCCAGAUGGCCAAUUCAAGCGAAAUUCUUGAGCACCUCCUCACCCGAAAGGUCUCCUCUCCAGCCCAAACAUCAUACUCAUUUCUUGCACCGAAUAUCAAGGGUCUGCAGAACGCCCAAGCGCUGCUGGCCAAAUACCCCGGCGCAUUCGCAUCACAACUCCAGCCCUCAGCUGAUGCUUCGACUCCCGCCGUCGAAGUUGCCGUUUUCGCGGCAGCGACCGAAUCUUUCUCGAAGAAGAACCUCAACUGCGACAUUGCGACGUCACUAGACCGCUUCCGCGAGGUCAUUCGCGAGUCAAAAGCGGCCGGCCUCCGCGUUCGCGCAUACGUCUCCGUGGUCCUCGGCUGUCCCUUUGAGGGGUACGACGUUGACCCGCACAAGGUCGCCGAGAUCUCGACGGAACUGCUGGAGUCAGGCGCCGACGAGGUGUCCCUGGGCGACACCACCGGCAUGGGAACCGCUCCCCGGACCAAGGAGCUGUUGAACUGCAUGAGGGCUGCGGGAAUCCGCAACGAGGAUAUUGCGAUGCACUUCCACGACACGUACGGCCAGGCCCUGGUUAACACGGCUGUGUCUUUGGAGCAUGGUAUUCGCACUUUCGACAGCAGUGUUGGCGGUCUUGGAGGAUGUCCUUACAGCCCCGGUGCGACUGGCAAUGUGGCUACGGAAAACAUGAUUUACUUUAUUGAGAGUCUGGGUAUGGACACUGGCAUUGACCUGGAUGCGAUGUCUGAUAUUGGUGCUUGGAUCACGGGCGAGUUGAGCAAGGCCAACGACAGCACUGUUGGAAAGGCUGUUUUGGGCGCCAGAUCUCGUGAAGCGGCGACAGCCGCCCAAGCUGACACUGAGACCGAUAAUGGCACACUGGGAAGCUCCCAGGCGUCCAAGGCCCGCGCCCCCCAGUCACCAGUGAUCUUAUCGGCGCCACCUCAGCUUGCCGAGCGGGCUCCACCAAGACGAAGCAAGCUCCAGUGCAGUGCAUUCGACGACACUGCACCGACCUGCCAACCUCCUCCAGCUACGUACAUCGCAGCGCCUCGCAUCGUCUCCAUCAAUCCGCCCGCCCACGCCCUUCCUAAUCGCCCCCCCUCCGACCCAACACGCAUUGUCUUCUAA